UCCAGUGGGCUCAGGAAUUCCCUGGUCAACCUGACCACCUUCUCGACCACGACCACACACCGCCUCGACGAGGCCUACUACACCGUCCUUCAGAAACUCACGACCCUCCAGAACACGAUUGUGGCCCUCAAGGAUCUGGCCGAGGCCUCGAGCGCCACCAGCGCGGGCUUCAUCGCCGAGUCGCACUCGGUGCUGGCCGAGGCGGAAACGCAGCUCGACGCAUUUGGCGACUUUGGCGAGCAGCAGGAGCGGGUGCAGGCGCUGCAGGACCGCCUUCACGGCGCGCGGGAGCGCAUCGAGGCGCUGAGCGGGCGGGUGGACGUCGUGAAGCAGCGGGUCGAGCGAUGGGAGCGCGCGUGGGCGCAGAGCUGGGAGAAUGCGCGGCGCGGCAUGCGCAUCGUCUGGGGCGUCCUGCUGGCCCUCGGCUUGGUGGUGCUGGUGCUGUAC